AUGGCAUUCGCCGGCAAAGGAGGUCAAUGUUGCCCAAUCUGCAGCCAGAGCUUCAUGGGCACCUCCCUGAAGUACCACAUCAAGGUCUGUGCCAGACAAGCACGUGCGCAGCUCGUUACCUGCUCUUCCUGCGGGCGCCCCGUGCAGAAAGACGAUCUCCCAGACCAUCUAGUACGUUGCAAGCGGCGCUUGGCCGAGGAGGGUGGACGGGGCCAGCAGGAAUUUCCGAGCAGAUCCGAGGAGGUUCAGAAAUUGUGGCAGGACAAGUCCUCGGCUUUGCAGACCGCCCUAGCAAAAAUCGAGGCCGGCGAAAUCGGAAGCUUAGAUCCUCGCGGAUUCUUUCUUUGCUCCAUUUGCGGUCAGCAAGGCUUGGGUCUGCUCCAGAUCGUCGAGCACGAGGCAGACUGCCGACGGCGUCUGAGCCAGGAAGGCCACGUGACGGCGGCAGCAGACGUUCCCGCCGCACUCCCUGCCACAACAUCCAAGCACGACACGUCAACACGCGCGGCUGUCGUCAAGGAGCUGAACCUGCUAAAGACAGAGAUCGCGCAGGAAGCUUCAGGAGACGAGGAGACUCGUGCAUUGCUCGCGCUAACUUUGGACAGGCUUCGUGAUGUGGCUCGAAAUGCGUGCUUCCUGGAGGAGAAGAAGUAUCGUCGGCUGCGGCUCUCAAAUCCAGCUGUGUCAGAGGCCAUCGGAAGGUGGGACGCGGCCAAAAGGAUCCUACAGGCCUUGGGCUUCGAGCUGGUCUCCCACACAACCAAGUCAGGUGCAAGUCCCGAGCCCCACCUGAUGCUUCCUGGCCAGUUGUCUGCUUCGACCUUGCAGGACUUCCUCGACGCUCUAGAUGGCAAAGCUGAUCAGCCUGCUGCGACCUCCGUCGCGCGCCUCAACACCUCGCGAGGGCACGCGGGUGCAAAGUCGCCAAGGGAGAGGUCCUUUGAGCGAUCUGCAUCCAGUUUGAUCCUGCGCAGUUCGAGCCGUGUCAGGAACUACAGUCUGAAAGUGUCGAACCGUCAUGAUUUUUCUAAGAGUCAGCAGCUAACGCAAGUUCACUCAAACUUGAACUCGGAGCUCACUUCUGCGAUCCUUCAACCGAUGCAUGAUUUAACUCCUGGGGUGAAGCUGUAUGGGUACUGGGAGCCGGAGGAGGAAUGGUAUGCUUGCAAGUUUGUCAAGCAUCUUGGAGAACGGCUGAAGGUGAAGUGGGACGAUGGCACAGUCUCCGUAUUAGCCGGAUCGGAGGUUCGCAAAGCCAAGCGCAAGUCCGACAAAGAUGAUGUCGUUGAGAAGAAGAUCAAGCUUUCAGGCCGCAGUGCCAUCUCCCGAUUGGUGCCCAAGCCGCGCUUCGAGCUGCCAGCUCAUCGCUAUGUCCUCGCACCCAUGGUCGGCGGUUCUGAGUUGCCUUUCAGGAUGAUGACGCGGAAAUUCGGGGCACAGCUCUGCUACACACCUAUGAUCUACUCUGGCCCGUUUUCAACGGAUGCAGACUAUCGAGCUGCACCAGAAAAUGGCUUCCAGACCUGCCCAGAGGACAGACCUCUGGUCGCUCAUUUCUGCGGCAACGACCCAGAGGUGUUGCUCGCCGCGGCGCGCCACAUUGUGGAUCGUGUCGAUGCGAUCGAUCUCAACCUGGGCUGCCCGCAGCGCGUCGCUCACGCGGAGCAUUUUGGAGCGUACCUGCUGGACAAGAAGGACCGAGGUCUGGUCUGCAGCAUCGUGAAGCGCCUUUCAGAGGCACUCCCGGUGCCUGUCUUUUGCAAGAUUCGCUUGCUGGAUGAGCUGGAGGAAACUUUGGAGCUGGUGAAGCAGCUGGAGGCUUCGGGGGCUAGUCUCAUAGCGGUGCACGGGCGCUACCGUGGUACACCAACACAUCGGCGUGAUGGGCCUGCUCACCUGGACCAGGCAUGUUGUGUGUUUGCACCGAUUGCCGCAACGCAGUGGCCCCCUUCACAUGUGACGUCACUGACGUCCCCAGGUGCAUGCCAUCAAGAAGGUGGCGCGUGUGCCAAUCCUUUCCAACGGCAACAUCAAGUCCUGGGAAUCUUGGCCUCAUCUAUACAUCGAGUGCGGGCCGUGCCACAAACAAAAUGGAAGGAGCCAAGUCAUAAGAAAUCAUAA